UUUGAGACCAUUGCGGUCUUAUCCCAAAACUCAGAAGAACACAGAAAAUUUUCUUGGUGGUCUCUCUAAUGGCAUUUUCAGCGAAUUUGUCUCAGCUUUCUUCUCUUUCUACCAUCUCCUCUUCGUUGCCAUUUUCUUCUAGUAGAUUCCCUCUUCGAUCUCUACCUCGAUUCACAGUCAAAGCAGAAGCAGAGAAAGAGAAGAAACAGAGCACACAGGCCAAGUCCGAUGGGGAAGCACCACCAGCUGCCACCAAAACGCCUAAAACUCUUCCCAAGAAACCGGUUUACUCGAUGAAGAAGGGCCAAAUCGUUCGUGUGGACAAAGAGAAGUACCUCAACAGCAUCAAUUACUUAUCAGUUGGACAUCCUCCUUUCUACAAAGGACUUGAUUACAUCUACGAAGACCGCGGCGAGGUACUUGACCUUCGUGUCUUUGAGACUGGGGAGUAUGCACUGGUUGGAUGGGUUGGUAUCCCGACUGCACCAGCUUGGCUACCAACAGAGAUGUUAAUCAAGUCUGAGAAACUUGUUUACGAGCGAAUGUAAAGUCCAGAAGCUUCCAAGAAGCCUCCUUUGGAAAUUGGAAUGAAACUGAUACGAAGGUUGUCUGUUAAGCUGGAGAUAAACGAUACUUAACAAUGCUGCCUAUCAUGAUUAUGUCUCCGAGUGUUUGAGAAAUAAUCAGUGUUACCUAACAAAAAUGUUCUGGAAUGUAAAGACAUAUGCUUAUAGAUUGAACCAACUAUUAUAAGAAUGCAGCCUCAGUAGAUGCAUUCCUUAACGAA